GAGUUCAGACAAAUUUCAAAAUCUAACCUGCUUUUGCACCUGACCAGGGUUAUGACAAGCAGAUAGUUUUUCAUUACUCUUGGUCUAGCCAAUAUGCCUCGGAUCAACAUUGUGUCAACUAAAGCUGGGGCUGAAUCGGUGGUGAGACAAUUACUAUGUGAACCCGUCGUAGCUGUUUCCUGUCAGGGAACAAGGCAUAUAAAUGUAUUAACAUCUGUGACAACAUGUGUUCCCUCCGGAGAUGUGUACGUGUUCGACGUGAAAUCUUGUCCAACCAUCGUACUAGCUGGUGGUCUCAUACGGCUGUUUCAGUCUGUAGAGCUAGUUAAGGUGUUUCAUGACGUAGGCAUUGCCAGCAAGUUACUUCAUCCAUACAGCAUAAAAAUACGUCAUUAUUUUGACACACAGGUCGGCUACUCCGUUCUUCUGGAACAAAAAGGAUUUCCGCCAAGAAAGAUACCUUUACAGGAGCUAUGUAAAAAGUUCCAGAUCAAUUUACCGGCUUCAGAUGCCCAGGAACAUAAAAAAAUGAGUGAAGAUGUAAAUUACUGGGCAAAGCGACCUCUGUCAAAAUCUAUGUUACACCUGUGUGCUAUAUCUGUGAUGUCACUGGAACCUUUGUACACCUGUCUAGCCAGUCAGUUGGAUCCGCACAUGUGGGAGUGGUUUGACUGUAUGAGUGAGGAGAACCGUCUGUCACGGAUCCAGAAGAGGCGGAUCCAGUCCGUAAAGACCGCCAGGAGGACCCAGCAGUUUGUCGAGCACCUGUACGAAUAUCCCGUGACGCACCUUACAGAGGAAGAACGACAACUCCUGUCCCACUCGCUACCAGAGGCUCAUCCCGACUAAGUGUUGACGUGACGUCUCUUUUAUACAGUAGUUUAGUAAAUCUAUCUGUAUAAUUAUUUUACCAAACCUGGACAUUAACGAUUCAAGUUUCCUUCAGACAAUUUCAAGAAAAACGUGUUGUUGUUUUUUUUAAAUAUAAGACCAAAUUUGACAAGAUUUCAAUAAGUAAUAUUUUCUUUAGUUCAGUAAAAUUUCCGUAGAUUUGAAGUCCAAGGACAUGUCUGUCACAUUUCAGAAGUACAUGCAGAAUGGAAUUUUUGCAUUUUUUAUGAUUAUACUUUGAAAAGGAUAAGGUAAAAUUUCAUUGAAAAAAGUGCUUCUCCGCUAACAAACCUUCCUUCAAUUAGCAGUGUGAAACGCGUUCGUAAUAUUUGCGAUUGUAGCAAUGUGCGUGAUUUAUUGCACGAAUUCAAUAUAAAAUUCAUCAAUAUAAUAUUUGCCUAUAAAGCUUCUAAGUCAACACAGUGAUGCUUUGUGCUAUUUCUUUUCCUUUCUCGCGUUAAACAUUAACGUUUCUUUUGUUAAUUGAAAAAUGGUGUCAAGGUUUUGAUAUGUAUAACAAAACCCUCUACCUAUUAUUGUACGUGUAGCUUUAGAACCUUUGGAUAUGAUGUAUAAGGUGAUAAUCCAAACCUAUUUUAUGUAUAUGUGCAAUA